AUGUUGUAUGGCAUUGUCAUGGAUACUAUUCGAGAUGGUAUUCUUCGUUCAUAUGGAGCAAUUAUGUGGAAACGUAUUGUAAAAGAAGUUAAUUUACCAUUUGAAACAUUUGAAUUUUAUUCACGAUAUGAUGAUAAUUUACUUAUAAAAAUUUGUGAUUGUAUGAUAGAAAUUUUAAAUGAUGGUACACGUGAUACAUAUUUAGAAUUUUUUGGUACAAAUUUUAUUCAUUAUUUUUACAGAUGUGGUUUUGAUAAAAUACUUCGAGUAGCUGGACGAACAUUACGUGAUUUUCUUUUUGUUAUUGAUGAAUUACAUGAUUCAAAUCGAUAUAUAUUUCCGCAAAUGAAACAUCCAUUAUUUCAUGUUACUGAAGAAAAUGAAAAAGGAGCAACACUUAUUUAUAAAAGCAUGCGUCAUGGUCUUACUCAUUUUGCUAUUGGUGGACUCAAAGCUGUAGCUUCAGUAAUAUAUAAUCAGAACGAUAUUCAUAUAAUUGUACAACAUGAUUUUUCGACUAAUGAUUAUUCACAAGUUUUCAUUUGGGUACAGUUUGAUAAUAAGAAUUAUAAAACGAAACGAUUAUUUAAUUUUCCAUCUUUACCCGAUCUAAGUGUUACAACUUUCUUUCAAGUAUUUCCAUUUUCAAUUCUUAUGAAUUCAUCAUUACGUAUUCAUCAUAUGGGUAAAAAUAUUAUGAAAAUUUUUCCUGAUGAUACACCUUUGAUUGGACAAUUAUUAAACGAUGUCUUUCAAAUUAUUCAACCUGGUAUUUUUUUCGAAUGGGAUAAAAUUCUUUCCUAUGGUCAAUAUAUUGUCUUUAUGAUGGAAAAUCGACUUCCACUACGUAUUGGAUCAUCGAGUAGAAUUCGAUUGAAAGGUCAAAUGAAAUAUAUACAAAACAAGAAUAUGUUAUGGUUUCUAUGUCAUCCAGUUUUAGAAAUUGUAGAUGAUAUGAUUUCAACUGGAUUACAUUUAACUGAUUUAAGUUUGUUUGAUAAUACAAAUGGUCUACUAAUUACUGGUACAAGUCAACAACAACAAUUGGAGGAAAUUACUCUCAGACAAAAUGUAUGGAGGAGAAAAGCAUCAUAUAUACGAAAAAAAUUAAGUACAAGUCAUAAGACGAAUCAAUCUUUACUCUAUUCAACGAUGCCAAAACAUAUUGCACGUUUACUUCAAUCUGGUGUACAAGUUAAUAGUAUCAAUGAAUGUCAACCUUUUGUUAGUAUCAUGUUUAUAAAUGUAAUGGAUUUAAAAACAUUAACUGAUCAUCUUGAUGCUACUCAUGCUAUAACAUAUCUUAAUAAUGUUGUUAUUUUAUUUGAUGCUAUUGCUGAUAAAUAUGAUGUAUUCAAAGUAGAAAUAAGAGCAGAUGCAAGUUAUAUGGCAGUUGCUGGUAUACAUGAUCAAGCAUGCAUUACUCGACCAUCAAAUGGUUCACAAUUGUCAUUAAUGUCAUCAGCAAACGGAGAAGAAGAUGACAAAGAGGAAAAUGAUGAUCAAAAGAAAAAUUUAUUUGAAUUAAAUUCAACUGAAAUUAUUGCAGCAUUAUCACUUGAACUUUUACAAGCUAGUGAAGAUAUUCAUAAUCCUAUAACGAAUAAACCAUUUGAUCUUAAAUUUGGAUUUCAUUCUGGUAUGGCUAUAGGUGGUAUUAUUGGUAUACGAAAUUAUCAAUACUGUCUAUUUGGUGACACUGUUAAAAUAGCAAGUCAAAUGAUGACUACUGGCGAGGUUGGUCGAAUACAUGUGAGUCAGACAGCAUAUAGUCAUUUAGUGAAAGAUAGACGUUUUACGUUGGAAUAUCGAGGUCAAAUGAAUAUUGAAGACAGUGAACCAAUUGAUACGUUUUGGUUGACAGGCUCAACUGCAAUAUUACCUACGACAAAAAAUUAA